AUGCGUCGAAGGAAUAUCAAAGCCAUUUCUUUUCUUUUUUAUCUAAUUUCGAUCGCUUCGACAUAUUGGCUCAUUCAACAUCUUCACAACUGCGAUCAUGAAAACUCGUGGARUGUCUCAAAAAGUGUAAUAAUAUCCCAGAGAAAUAACCAACKCGAAAAGGAGACGACGAAUUUUGUAGUGAAAAGCAAAAUACACCGUAGAAACAUUGUUAUUAUUGCUCAUGGACGCUCUGGGUCUUCCAUAAUCGGGGAUGUCUUCAACCAUCAUCCGUCGGUGUUUUAUCUCUUUGAACCCCUCCACUUUCUCAACGACAUCUUGCACAGAGAAAAACCACGUUAUUAUGAAMCACUGGUAACUGAUGUUUUGAGAGAUGUUCUUCGUUGUAAGUUUGGCAAGGCGUUUACCAUGUAYAUCCACUCACGUGGAUACUAUUUUCCUAAUUUUGACAGCAUAGCUAUACGAUCACCUCCUCUUUGCAAGCUGAACAUGACAGAUCCAAGAUGGACGCUAGACCUWUGYCCCACGUUAACCAGCGAUUCACUGGAAGAUGUCUGUCGAGAGAACUAUAAUGUGACGGUAGUUAAAAUACUAAUGGAGCGAAUAGAAGAUAAAARUAUCGAGAACGUUUGGUCYGUGUGCAGUUCAUCUGACAUUGAUUGUAAAAUCAUUUUYCUWAUUCGAGAUCCGCGGGCUGUCAUGAUUUCUGCUCGAAAAGUCGCUUUUUUUCAUGAUGACAAAAAGAGAUAUGGUCUGCGACAGUAUUCCAUUGGAAAAUGCAAGGAAACCGAGUAUAACUUGGAGAUUAUUAAGAACAAUGUACAGUCUUGGCGGGAUCGYAUACUGAUUCAGAGAUACGAAGAUUUUGCAACAAGUCCUCUGAAGACACUUUCAAGGCUGUUCAAGUUUGUUGGGUUAUCUGAGGAAGACACGUGUGCAUUGAAGAAACAACAUGUCAGGAUGGUCAGCAUGUUCGAAAGAGAAAAAGAACAAUUAUUGAGCCUCAUUGAAGACUUACAAAGGUACAACUCGAAUAUUCCUAUUAAGAAGAGUACAAUGGUGGGGGACUGUGAUAGGGGCUCCUGGGAAAGAAUUGAUAUCCUUGAAAGGUAA